AGUGCUCAUUCUAUUUUUAUGGCUGGUCCAGACCCCUGGUAUUUGACACCCACAGGAAUGACACAGCUUUCCCAUGAACAUUUACCUCUGCAAAAGGUCUCUUACCACCCUCUGUACUUUUCUUCUGCCCAACAGCAAAAUACAGCUCUACUUCCCCAAAUUUUCUAUCUCUGGGAGCUAUGAAAUAACAAACAUACUUAGCAAGAUGGGAAUUGUGGACGUGUUCACCAACCAGGCAGAUCUCUCCGGCAUCACUGGUGUCCCAGAGCUGAAGGUUUCUAAAGUUGUCCAUAAGGCUGCUCUGGAUGUUGAUGAGAGAGGAACUGAGGCAGCAGCAAUAAUUGCUCCUAAAAUAAUGGCCCUCACUCUUGCUCCAGCCAUUGAAUUCAACCGUCCCUUCCUGAUGCUGAUUUUUGACAGAGACACAAACAGUACUCUCUUCAUAGGAAAAAUAGCUAACCCAACUACCACUAACAGAAGUGAGAUAUGAACUCUAAUUAUUGUUACUAAUUAAAGAAGAUGUGAAACUGCAUGAUGCUUAUUUCUAUUUGCACCAGUGUAGCAUACAGCUCUUUUCCAGGAGGAGUUUUUAUUCUAGGUCAUUACCAAAAAUUCUAGGUACUGAUUGUGACACUUUCUUAGGAGGAAGUAUGAAAAAAUGGUUUAAAUUCUUCUACCAAAGAAUGACUUUUUAUUUGACUGAGAAACAAGGGAAGACCUGUUAAGAUUCGACAGUAUUCAGAGAUAAAUAUUUGUAUAAUAAUGGAAGACUCCUGCUUAGCAAUUCAUUGUCAGUCAGAAUAUCAGAUUAAAUGAUUAACACUUCUGCAAACAAAGCCUAAGCAGUUGUAAUUUACCAUAAAUACAUAAGCAAGUAAAUAAGAAAUGAGAAAAGCUGAAUCAACAAAGUAGGGUCAUAGGAGACUGAAGCUUCCAUUAACACUGAGUACAUGAGGAGUUAUUUUCCAGCAGGCACAGAGAAGUCUCUUCUCCAUCAUUCAUCACUUUGCAUUAAUCUAGCAGCAAAUAUUUCUGUAAAACCUUCCUUCAGCUCAAAACAGAGCUUUUCUUCAGCCCGAGGACUUCCAAACAAGUAUUGUCUAUUUGACAGACUUAGCACACAUUAGUAGUUGACUCUUCACACAUGCAUCCAUCAGUGGUCAGGAAGAUGUAGCUAGAUGAGCAGGUGAGGUAUUUGGACAACAAUUAUCCAAGCAUAUUGUCAGAUCAGAUUUGUAGAAAACGCCUAAUUAGGGUCUAGCAGAGUGCCAUCCUUCCAUAGCUACCAAGGUAGGUAUGUAGGUAUCACCCUGUGAGCAGAUCUCCGGACUCAUGGAGUGCUGACAGCCAACUAUGAGACUUAGAACAGCCUGAGGGCAGAAUGAUAACCUCUUUCAACAGACUUGCUUUGAAAGUGGAUACAAGAACACAGCUAACUCUUAACUACAACUGCAGUUUUGGAAGCAAGUGAAAUGGUAUCACAGCAUCAGAAAACACUGUAGGAGCAGCCAAAUGGCUUGGGAUGCAAGAAGCUUCAGCCAUAUGUUGAACAGUCUCUGAAAUUACAGCAAGGGUGAUUUUCAGCCUGACACACAUAAGGAAGACCAAAGUACUGUCUCUCCUUUACUGCCAAAAGAAAAUUUCCCUUUCCAUUCUGUUUCUAAUAAAAAUUCUCCAGUUGACUGUCA